GAGCAGCGACGACAACAAACGGAUACUCAUAACCUAAUCCUACAGUACCUAUCAAAGCAGUGCCCUUUACUAUUUAGCAAGGGAGCAGAUACGUCUAUAUUUCACGAUUUGAAACUUUCCCUUUAAAUUCAAACAUUAUUGCUCAUCAACUGGCAAGAUGGUAGGUGUGAAAACAUGGACUGAUGACGGGAUUUGGUUUGUUCUCCUGGCAUCCAAAAUCCUUUCCCCGUCUUCCGCCAAAAAAAUUAAACCAGGCAGAUUCUUCACAGAUGAAGCAAUUGGACUUCUUUGCAAGAAAAUGUUAAGGAUUUGCGACAUGCACCAAAUGCAGCGAGCGUUAGAUAUGCUCGUACUCAGAAACCGGAAAGUUCUAGAAAUAAUUGAGCGACUACGCGGUUCAAUUUCCCAAGCUCAAGACAGCACAAUUGAAAACAUGCUCGAUAAUUCGCGGGAUGGCACUACGGCUUCCCAAAGACGAAGCCACUCAAGAAGCUCUAGUAAUACUAGUGCGAAUACGAUGUCACCAAUGUCAAUGAGCAGUCCUCUCACUCAGUCACAACCUAGAAGAAGCGGUAAUUGGAACAGGAGUGAAGCUCGUCAAUUCAAUCCGAACAGACUUCAAACCAUGAGCAUGAGUGCAAAUGGACCAUUCGAUAAGUCAUAUGGACGAGGUCAUGAAAAUAAUUUUCUGCCAGCAACUACCAACCAACAACAUCAACAACAUGGAAGAGGUUCACUUGGAACUGGAAGUCACCAACAACAGCCUAGACAGGUACACUCUGCAACGACUAGAUCAAAUCCAUUGUGGUAUCUUGGUGCCGAAAAUUCAUCUUCAAGGAGACAAACAAUGGGCAACGUCCAGGGAAUGGAUGCUUACAUGCAGAAUGGCGGUAGCAUCCCGGGGAAUUCGCAACAUACAUCAUCAGGUAGUAUGUAUCAAAGUUAUGGCAAUCAAAUGGGCCCAGACACAGCCCAAAUUCAGUUUUACGGCCAUGCAAUGCCUAUGGAUCCGUCAUACGCAACAAAUUACGAAAACUAUGCACAAGGCUUACCGGGCCUGGGUAUAAAUGGAAUGCCAAUGCCAACAGGUCCGGCUGAUGUUGGAAGUUCUUCUUAUCCAUAUGAUACACCUUCGUAUGGCCAGUUCAAUGCAGGCAUGAUGCCACAAAAUCAACACUUCGAUGGGGAAACAUCGUCGCAAACUGGAUUACCGUAUAAUCAGUACUCUCCACAACAGCAAUACAGUAUCGAAUAUCCCUUCCCAUCAUCAAACAUUGAUUUUGACGGUAUGGAAAUUAUGCCUCAAAGACCUCACGGUCUCUCACAAGCCACAAUGAAUGAUUCCAACUUCGCCAACUUUUCAUCCCUUGGUCUUGCAAAAUCCAUAUUCAGUAGUCCUAGUGACAUGAGUGGAUCAAGUAAUGGUUUUAUUGAGUCUCUUGACAACCAAUCCAAGUCAAACGACCUUGAAAACCAAGGGGGUUUUUCCCAUCAGGCUAGAUUCAUGUCUCAAGAACCACAACAGUCUAUCAGCGCAGAAAAAGGAAAGAAAAGAAGCAUUGACGAGGCCGAGAUAUCCGAUAUCAAUUUUGAUGGGUACUGUGAGAGGCAAAAGAAAAAGCACAAUAGCGAGGAUAAUGUUUGCUCUAGACAACCAAAGUCCAAUGGCCAAAAUGCAAGAUAUGAGCAGGGAUUGUCUGAACCACAAACAGACGACACUCAAGAAUUUUUUAUUGCUGCUUCAAGCGGUAGUCCGAUUGAUUCCUCUGCUAUUGCUCUCGACAUCACUCCAGGCGCUGUUGUAGUUGCUGGGGUUGGCUCGGCUGCACACAGUUCAGAUGAAGCUGAGUCAUCUCCCAUCUCUACGAACUUGACCGCCGAUUUGGAUCAUUCAACAAACACCAGAGUCAAUGACUCGCCACAUAGAAUGCCAAACUUGAAGUCGCAAGAAAUCCUUUACGAGUCAGUUGAGAUAUUUCCUCAUCAAGAAGAUGGCCCUGCAUCCAGAAAUUCCAAUGGCACAGAAGAUUCUCUCAGCGAGGAAGACUUCCUAGGCCUUUCGGACCAUUUUGAUGAUAUAUACUACGAGCUGAGCACGAGUUUUCAUGAGAUAUCAGAUGAGGUUAUUCAAGCAGACCAUGUUUAUUUGAUUGAUCAGAUGUGA